AUACCAAGAAUCAGUUCGACGAGGCUAUAAAAGCAUGAAACUUGCACCGAUCGCUUUAUUUAUUGACAAGUUCUCGUAUAUUACGAACGCAAAUCACUGACAUGGACCACCGCAUUACAUACACACUACUUUUCUUAAUCAGCUGCGUCAUUUUACCAAUGCACGGCAAAACAGUGGAUAAGCUGGAAUCAGCUAAAGAGAUUGAGAAAGCUCCAGAGAGUAUGAAAGACGACGAUGUUGGCGCAAGUGAUGAGCAUGUCGGUGAUGAACCCCUUUUAAAUUCGAAUGAGCGCAUUAAAGCCGAGUUUUUGACCUUCAAUGCACCCGAGGAAGAUGAUAUCGAAGACGAAAAUCAAAUUGAAGAUCUGCUUGAGUUAUUAAAACCAAAACAGAUAUUGUUAAUUGAAGCGGUUGAAAAUACCACGAUAAUUGAAUUCAACGCCGCAGCAGAGGAACGUAGUGGGCUUGCCGAAGCUUUACUAUUUGGUGAAAACAGUUCUUUUGAAAGCGUGAAGAAAAGUAAAAAUACAACUAUUGAGAAAGUUUGAGGAUAUUCUAAUUUUUGUUUAAAGAAUUGAGUCCAUUGGAUCGGAUUCAAAAACUUAUUUAUUGAAGACUGUUUAUUAUAAUAUGUAGUGGUGGAAUAUUCAAAAAUAAAAUAAAUAGUAUUACUAGUAUCUUAA